UGCGCAUGCGUGCGGAGGACCCUUCGUUCGUGCAGGGGGGGAUUUCAACUUCCUGUAUGAGGACGGAGGAGGAUUACACGAUUACUUUCGGCGAGGCCUGCGCCCAAGAAAGACUGGGAAGGGCCCUAGUCAUGGUUCUGUCUUAACGAACUAGCCGAGCAUCGCAGACCACCGAGUUAAAAGCAGUCAGUCGGCCCAUAAGAUCUUUAGCCUCGGUUUUAAGGACUUUGUCGGUCGUUUCCUCCCGCAUUUUAUUCUGCCUUGGUGUCAGUUUCAAGAUGUCAACUACUGGGUACAACUCUCAGAAUGGAGCUGGAGGACAGCCUUACGCGAACGGUCCAUCACAGAACCCUCUGCUGGUGCCACCUUCAGGCCUUGGAUUCAACACUGGGACUCAGUCUCUGUAUUCAAACCAGAUGCCAGCCAAGGCGCCUCUCUCUACUGGCCCUGGACCAUACAACCCUGGCCCCUAUCAGAUGACCCCUCCAGUCAGCUCCUAUCAAGACCCAGGGCAGGCUGCGUUGGCCAGGCCACCAAUGGGACCUGUUCAGCCUGCCCCCUUCAGGCCUGCAGGACCAGUGGCUCCUCAGUCGCAGAACUCCACCCCACCCCCAAUGUCUAGCACUGCUUCGUAUGCCCCACAGCCGACUUGGCCUUACGGGGUACCCCCGGUGUCAGUUAGCAGCCCUCCAGUUGCCACCAUGGGGAACCACGUGACCCCGGCCCCCGGCUCUGUGCCGAACCGGCACUCUCCUUCUCCGUAUGGUGCGGGUCACACACCCCCCCUCCACCAUGGUGCCUCACUUCCUCCGGGACCCGUUUCUCUGCCUGCCUCCAGCACUAGCUCCAGCUACACCUACCAAGGUUCUGGCCCAGCUCCACCCCUGAUGAAUCCUGUAUCAUUUCACCCAUUCCCACCUGGGAGAUCACCUUACGGCCCCCCACCAGCAGCUACUGGGCCCCCUCAAGGCAUGGCCCCCCCCCCAGGCAUGAGGCCCACUCCGCCCCCUACGAAUCCUGGGAUAAAUGCUACCCCUCUGGCGCCACCUUCUGGUAAACAUGAAGGAGUGGGACAGGUGCCCAUGCCUGGUGAUGCUUCUCAAGUCCCCAACAGCUUUGAUCAUUUGGAGAUGGGCACGAAAGGCAUGGUGGGGCCGCCUCCUCCUCAGACUGGGUUGGCUGGCAGGCCGACUGGCCAGUCGUACCCCUCGCUUCCACCUGGUUAUGCAAACAUGGUUCCCAGCGCUUCACCCUUGCAGUCCCCGAAGCCACCGUAUAGCCCAGCACACCAGCCAUACCAACAGCCUCAGGCCAACCCAGCCCAGCUCAGCCCAUCCUUGGCUGCGCUGAGCCUGCAGUCCCAGUCCCCCGAGGUCUUGAGGGCCGUGAACCUCCUGCAGGAGCGGAACAUUCUCCCCCCUGGGCCCGUCACCCCGCCAACGCCCUGCCUGCCCCAGGACUUGCAGAAGCUCAACUGCAACCCAGAGGUGUUCCGCAGCACGCUGGCCAACAUCCCGCAGACACAGUCGCUGUUGAACAAGGCCAAGCUCCCUCUGGGGCUACUGCUUCACCCUUUCAAAGACCUCUCGCAGCUGCCCGUCGUGACGUCAAGCACCAUCGUCAGGUGUCGCUCCUGCCGAACCUACAUCAACCCCUUUGUCUCCUUCCUGGACCAGAGACGAUGGAAGUGCAACCUCUGUUAUAGGGUCAAUGAUGUUCCUGAAGAGUUCAUGUACAACCCAGUGAGUAGAUCUUAUGGAGAACCACACAAAAGGCCUGAGGUCCAGAAUCCCACCAUUGAGUUCAUCGCACCCUCAGAAUAUAUGUUGAGGCCACCUCAGCCUGCCGUCUACCUUUUCGUGCUCGACGUAUCCCAUAAUGCCGUGGAGACGGGCUACUUGGACGUGGUCUGCCAGUCGCUCCUGGAUAACUUGAGCUCGCUUCCGGGAGACACAAGGACGAAGAUCGGCUUCAUCACGUUCGACAGCACCAUCCACUUCUACAACCUGCAGGAGGGCCUGUCCCAGCCGCAGAUGCUCAUCGUCUCGGACAUUGAUGAUAUUUUCAUACCGACACCAGACAGCCUUUUAGUCAACCUCAAUGACUGCAAGGAGCUGGUGCAGGACCUGCUGAAGGGUUUGCCGCAGAUGUUCAAGAAGACCAUGGAGACCCAGUCGGCGCUGGGCCCGGCGCUGCAGGCCGCGUUCAAGCUGCUGUCCCCCACUGGCGGCCGGGCUUCUGUCUUCCAGACCCAGCUGCCCACGCUCGGCGUGGGGGCCCUUAAAUCGAGGGAAGACCCCAAUCAAAGGGCAUCUCUGAAGGACAUCCAGCAUCUGUCUCCUGCCACCGAUUUCUAUAAGAAGCUGGCGCUCGACUGUUCGGGACAGCAAGUGGCUGUGGAUCUGUUCCUUCUGAGCGGGCAGUACUGUGAUUUGGCGUCUCUGGGUUGCAUAUCUAGGUACUCCGCAGGAAGCGUCCACUACUACCCCUCCUACCACCAUCAGCACAACCUAGCUGAGGUGGAGCGUUUCCAGAAGGACCUGAAAAGAUAUCUCACCAGGAAGAUCGGCUUCGAGGCAGUCAUGAGGAUACGCUGCACCAAAGGCCUGUCCAUACACACCUUCCACGGGAACUUCUUCGUACGGUCCACCGACCUACUUUCGCUGCCCAACGUGAACCCGGAUGCGGGCUUUGCCGUGCAGAUGUCUAUCGAGGAGAACCUGAUGGACCUGCAGGCGGUGUCCUUCCAGGCUGCUCUUCUGUACACGUCCAGCAAAGGAGAGCGGCGGAUUCGAGUCCAUACCAUGUGUCUUCCCGUCGUCAACUCCAUGGCGGAUAUCUUUGCGGGAGCGGACGUCCAGGCUAUCACCGGAUUGCUGGCUAGCAUGGCCGUGGACCGCUCUGUGUCGGCGAGCCUGAGCGAUGCCCGCGACGCCCUGACCAACGCGGCCGUGGACUCGCUGUCGGCGUACCGCUCUUCGGUGCUUACUGUCCAGCAGCCUGGCCUCCUGGCUCCCAGCUGCCUGCGCCUCUUCCCCCUCUACAUCCUGGCCCUGCUCAAGCAGAAAGCCUUCCGGACGGGCACCAGCACCCGGCUGGACGACCGUGUGUUCGCCAUGUUCCAGCUGAAGUACCAGCCGCUGUCAUACCUCAUGCUUAUGAUCCACCCGGCUCUCUACAGAGUGGACGAUCUGACCGAUGAGGGCGCCUUGAACCUCACCGAGCGCACCAUCCCCCAGCCCAAGGUGCUGCAGCUGUCUGUGGAGAAGCUGAAUCGGGAGGGAGCCUUCCUCAUGGACGCCGGCUCAGCGAUGUUCCUCUGGAUCGGCAGGAACUGCAGUCUCAGCUUCCUCUCUCAGGUGCUGGGAGUCCCGAGCUACGCUGCUGUGCCUCAGAGCAUGAACCAGCUCCCCGAGUUGGACACUGCCGAGUCGGUCCGCACCCGGGCCUUCGUGGGCUGGCUCAGGGAGCAGAGACCCUUCUUUCCUGUCCUGCACAUUGUCAGGGAGGAGAGUCAACUGAAAGUCGCCUUUAUGCAAAACAUGGUCGAGGACCGGACUGAGUCUGCGCUGUCUUACUACGAGUACCUGCUCCACCUGCAGCAGCAGACCAGCAAGUAGAGUCCUGGGUUCAAGGCUCUGCUGCAGCCGGAGAUGAACGGAUGAUAGCGAGACUAUGGCAAACAACCACCACCCCCCCCCCCCUCCGUCCACCCCUCCAGGAGACUGGUUUCUUCCGAGUAUCUUCAAUAAACGGCUCAGUCAGUGGGCCUAUCUUGCCUUUCCUGACGCGUGACCUUUUUUUUGUGGAUUUAAUUAAAUUCAGCGUUUUUUUUUUUUUUUUGUUAAUUAAAUGUCGAGGAGAAACUAACAGGGAUGGCAGCCCCAAACAGAUCUGACUCGCACGGGGACUGUGGAGAUGGGAGUCGUGCUCGUCCAUCUCGUCAGAAAGAGCCCAUCUGUUUUUCGUAAUGUGAUGGAUACCGUAGUUGACACUUUGAGAAUGCAGGGAGCGAUCCUGGGCUUCUGUGGGGUGAAAAAUGACCUCCUGGCCCUUAAAACAUGAACCCCCCUCAAUGAUGACAUCACCUUUUAAUUCUAGAUUGCGAGAAUGCCGAUUUGGAUGCUUUUGAUUGCCGAACAAAUAUUUACAAAUGCAGGGCGAGCAAGGACUCCGCUGAUCUCAGCCGGCCACCUUGGCUGAGUAACAUGGAAUAGUGUGGAAAUAACAGCAUUCUGUCAUUUCAGGUGUUUGUGCUGUUUUUCAGACUAAAAUUCUCCGCUUUUGGGACUUCAGCCUCUGAAGACGUCUUCAAAUUUUUGUUUACUUUUUAAUUUAUGUGUUUUUUUUUUCUGGACUUAAUUGUGUAAUUACCAUUUAAAGGAAUUCAGUUUUUACAGUAAACCAUUGUGUUUAAACAGACACUAUAUAAAAUAUUUUAAUAUAAUAGGAUAUGGGUAAAUUCUUUUAACACAGACUCAUUACGACGUGACCUUUUAAUCAUGCUUUGUUAAGUUGUAUAUCGGGGGAGAAGAGAACCUAUAUUAUAUCGGUAAGGUGUUGAUUUUAGCGUAAACGUAUUACUGUGAAAUGGCGCUAAAUCAGAAAUGGGUUGGGGUUUCUGAGCCUGUUCUUACCUAACGGGUGACAGUUCUGAAUGGGUGCAGCUUUAUUAAACAUUAAGGAGGGCGUGAAGUGUAGUCUGCUACAGGUCUGACUGUGUCUGUCGGCCCGCCUGUUCGCCGCAGAGAUGUUUAAGUUCUGUCUGCACACUAAGAUCAGCUUUAAAAUAUUAUUUUUUAUCUUAAAGUGCUUGAUAUCUUUAGGAAAUUGGCCUAGUUAAGGCCGUCGUCUUGCAGUGUAAUCUCAAAGCCGAUUUGGGUCAGUCUUUCUGGCCGAUAUCUGAAAACGCAUCGAUGGUUAUUGAGUGUCUGCGAUUUGAAUGAAGGAGCUAGCUGUGAAUGUACUAAUUUUGGGUGGUUGUCAUUCAGAGUAUCUGACACUGAGUGGGGGGGGGGAGGGGGAGGGGUGUGGAUUUAUUAAAACAUUGUUGCAGUUUAUUUUUCAAUAAAGCCAGACGAGGAGAAAUGGAAAUGCAGGGAAGAUGCUGUCAUUAUUUUCACGGAAAAAAAACCCCAUAUUACCAACAAAAUAUGGAGUGAUCGGGGACCGUUAUCUCGAUCGCGUCUUUUACGACACUGUUUUCAAGUUCAGAGAAAGACUUUGGUUCUUGGUCUCCUUCAGGUCCUGCUUAAUCCACCUUGUUCGUGUAACAGUUAAUUGUGUUUGUAAUCAUUAAGGAUGAAUCUAAUUGCUGUGUUUGAAUGGUGGUGUGUGUCCCCCGCUACCCCCCCCCCCCCCCCCAAAUUUCUGUCAAUGUCAUAUUUCUACAAGAACAAGAACAAAUCACCUGAAAAUUGAACUUUUGUUUCCUCUUCAGUCAUGGUUUGUACACUGUAAGUGAAACAAAGACCAUUUUGUAAAGUUAGUGUAUCGUAACAAAUUAAAUACUAGCUCUCAGAAUAAGCCCUCUGUGUGUUUGUAACAAAUUGAUUUGUACAGUCGAAUGCCUGGAGGUUUUAACUAAUGGAAAUGGACAUCACUGCCUAAAAUUAAAUUUUAUUGUACACAA